AUGGGCGCGCCGGUGCACGGCGCCCUUGUCUUGUUCCUCCUGCUCCUGGCGGGGGCGGAGGCGGCGGCCGAGGAGACGGCGCCGCAGGAACCCACAUUGCCCGCCGCCGGCUCCGGCUCCGGCGCUGCCGGCUCUGCCGGCGCGGCGGCGGCGGCGGUCGGGGUCAACUCCAACUCCGUGCUGGUGGCGCUGCUGGACUCGCACUACACGGGGCUGGCGGAGCUGGUGGAGAAGGCGCUGCUCCUGCAGACGCUAGAGGACGCCGUCGGGAAGCACAACGUCACCAUCUUCGUGCCGUGGAAUGAGGCGCUGGAGCGGGACCUCGACCCGGAGUUCAAGCGUUUCCUGCUGGAGCCGCGCAACCUCAAGUCGCUCCAGGUGUUGCUGCUCUACCACGCCCUCCCCUCGCGCCUGCCUUCCGACGCCUGGCCCACGGCCUCACACCCCAUGCUCUCCGGCGAGGAGGUCGAGCUCACCGUGGCAGGGACCGGCAUGCACGUCGGCCAUGCCGCCAUCACACGCCUGGACGUCGUGCUCAGGCCCAAUGGGGUCAUCCACGGCAUCGAGCACCUCCUCAUCCCGCACUCUGUCCAGGAGGGCUUCAACCACCGCCGCAGCCUCGCCGCGAUCUCGGCCGUGCUGCCCACGGGCGCGCCCGAGGUGGACCCCAGGACACACCGCCUCAAGAAGCCCGCGUCGCUGGUUCCCCCCGGCGCGCUCCCCGUGCUCCCGAUCUAG